AGAAAUAGUUAGGUUCCGCAUUUUGGGUUUUGUGCUAAGGCGAGCCAUUCGGUGUGUGUGACAGUGUGCCUGAGACUCGAGAGACUGUUGCCGCCGGUAUUAAUUCUUCUUCUUCUUCUUCUUCUUCCUCUUCUCCCCCCAAACCCUAAUUUCUUCAAUUCACGAAAUCACAUUCAUGGCUGAACACAACGACCCACCCCAAGAACCCACAUUGCCCUCCUCCAAGCGCAAGUCCGAUCUCGACCUCCAAGACCUCCCUUCCAAAAUCCCCAAGCUCGACCUCAAAGAAAACGACGACAAAGACCUCCAAAACGACCAUGAAGGCGAGAACGACGAAAGGGAAGAGGACCGAAAGGGGAAGGGGAUUAUGCGUGACGACAAGGGCAAAGGGAAAAUGAUACUAGAAGAAGAAGAAGACGACGACGACGAUGACGAUUCAGAUGAUGGUAGUGAUAGUGAUGACGACGGAAGCGAUUUCUCCGACGACCCACUCAUGGAGGUCGAUUUGAAUAACAUUCUGCCGUCCAGGACUCGCGGCCGGACGGCGAGUUCCGGAGUUCGCAUUGACGGUGACUCGGGGAAUGCUGCCGCCGCCGCUUCCGCUGCGGGCAUCAGCGAUGACGAUAGCGACAGUGACGACAGCGAUGCUUGAUUUCUGCAGAGAGAAUUUGGUGACAUAGGGGCCAAAGGUGUGAGACAAGGUCAGGUUGAGUGAAAUCCAAAAUCCUCCCCUUCCACUGUGUUGAGUUUAGUUCUUAUCUAAUGAAUUUUCAUAACUAGAUAUGUUUCUAAAGACUAAAUUUCUAGAAGAAAGUUCUGCCUUGGUUUCUUCUCUGAAGCUCUAUUGUUUGUAUAUUCAUCAUUUCUCGUCCCUUUUCUUUGACACUUGAAUCAAUUGUAUGAUCUAUUGUUUGCAAGGAGAAUUUAUCAUUUGAAUUUCACAUAUAUUUCUUUCUCUUCCCUUUU